AAAGGUGCCAAACUGCACAGACGAGAUUCGUCUUUGAUACGAUACGAUGAUUUUCUGAAUUAGUGUGAUCAAAAUUAUUAAAAAUGGCAGGUAGAAUAAGACAAUUGGACGAACGACAACUUCCAGCGGAAGUAACAAAAAUGCAAUGGUCGCCAAAAAUGGACCUUUUAGCGAUUGCUAACGUGAAAGGAGAAGUUACACUUCAUAGAUUAACGUGGCAAAGAGUAUGGUUGUUGAGUCCGCAAGAAGAAUCUGAUACUUUAGUAAACUUAGCAUGGAGACCGGAUGGAAAACUUCUUGCUGUUUGUUACGAAGCUUCCAAAGUAGUGUGUCUCGUAGAUAUUGAAAAUAAAAAUAUUAUUCAUAGAACAAAACUUAACUUGCACAAUGGAAUUACAUGCAUGACAUGGUUGCCAUUGACGAAUCUAGAAAAUGACAGUCAGUUAGGCGCCAACAAGCCAAGUAUGCUCCCAACAGGAGAAUUUCUUCCACCUUUGCCAAGUUUAAAUAGAAGUUUUGGACAAGAACUUGAACGCAAAGAAUUCUUAUUUCAAACAUUAGAUAUACUUUUUCUUGGUUUAGAUAAUGGAAAUAUUGCAAUGUAUGUAUUUGGAAUGUUUUACUGUGGUACAAUUUCAGUCGGUCAUGGUCGAAUAUUAGAAAUUAGCGGUGGAUUUAGUAAACCAAUAUGGAUCACAUGGAAAGAUAAUUGUGGCAUUAAAGUAAACAGAUUAUGGUGCCUUUUACUAGAACAAAAUGCAGCAUUCUUAAAGGUAGCGCAAGCUCAAGCUAAUAUAGAAUAUUUGAUGGAUUAUCUUUCGCGUACGUUAAUGGCAAUUUCUGAAGCAUGGGAAACGAUUCUUUUGGAAAUGGAUGAAAAAAUUGCACGAUACGCAGAAAAAAUUCCACAUGGUGGAGUUGCCGCAGAUUUUUUGGAACUGUUAAUGAUUGGUAUACCAACUCGACAUUUGCAAACUUAUCUAUUACGAGAUUUGACUGAAAAGGGAUUAAAAAAAUUAGGGCACAGUAUUGAAAUGUGCUAUAGUAAUAUACAGAAAUUAGUCUUAAAAAACUUAACUAGUGUUGGAAUGGCAUUGGUGUAUCAAUUGGCUGAAAUGAGAGGAAUGGUAAGAUUGGGUGGUCCGUAUGAAUUAUUGGGACUUACUAAUGAAAGUGUCAUAACUAAUGCUCUUCAUGCAUCGGAAGCUUUUUUAGCAAAAUCGUCCGAAAUUCAACAAGUAAUAGAUCACAGCAUGCGCGAUUAUAAAGCAUUUUUCCGGUGGUUAUAUGUGGUAAUUCUAAGACUAACUGAUGAAAGAAUACCAUCCGAAGUCAGUCGAGUUAGUCAACAAGAAUUGACAUUUAUUGCCGAAUUCUUGCGGGGUUUUGACAAAACUAAUCCAAACGUUGGAAGUAGAAAAGGAGUAAAUUUAGAAAAAUUAGGCCAGUAUUUACGGCGUGAAAAUUUACAAACUUGCUUAACCUCCAAAGGAAGCGAAUGGGCGGCUAUGCUUGAUGAAAAUCAUUGUUUCCAUGAACAUCCACUUAUUGUGAAACAAGAUCUUAAUCUUUCAUUAUUGCAAUCCCAUGCAAAAUUAAUUUCCGCUAUACAUAAUGUUUUUGGAGAGGCUUAUCAAGGCUUGGUUGAUCAGUUUACUAUUUCAAGCAUUGCUUUAGCACCCUCUAUAGCAUUUACAUCUUCUCAAAUUGUAACAAGCAAUGAUGGUCUAUUGGUAACCACAUGUGAUAUUGAUCAUAAAAUAUUACGAAUAUUCAAAAUUGAAUGUUCGUGUACAGAGCCUGCGAUGCUCAGCUUUAAAGUGGGUACAAUAGAUGUAGAUUACAGAUCAGAACCUUACUCAAAAACUUACAUGGAUGGUACUAUAAUUGAUCUACAGUUUUAUUCUCAGGAGUAUGUCAGUUUAUUGUUGCUCAACAAACAUACUCACGCAUCGUAUCUUAUUCAGUUGCCAUUGAAUCAUUCUCGAAUUUUUGAAAAUCAAGAUAAGAAUACAAUUACUUUAGCCGACCUUUUAGGCAACAAUUGGCCACGACCUUUUCAAGGUAUUUCUGCUAGGCGAAUAGCAAUCAGUGGCGCACGAAAAGUAGCUGCUGUUUUAAGUGAAAGCAAUAGGAAAAUAAGAUUACUAGAAACUGAAGUAGAACCUGAGGAAGAUGAAGAUGAAGAAGACGAAGACGAUGGAACUAACGAUAGUAUGUUAGAUACUUCACAUGGAACAACUUCAAAUAUUCCUCUAUGAACUUGCAUAUACAUGCACAGAGGUAAGCAACGUUUAACCUCUAAUAAAAGUAAUGGUUGCCAAUAAAAGCAUCAUAAAUACAGAAAUGUUUCCUGAAAAUAUUAAAGUGAGAAAUACAGCGGAAAAUAGUAUUAUUUUAUACUUGCUAAAAUGAUUAAA